AUUUCACGGCUGCUAAUGGCCACUUUCACUAGAUGUUAUCAAAAGGGGAGCUAGUCGGAUCAAAAUGGUAGAAAAUUGAAGCGGUGAAUCUUGUGUUUUUAAAUCAAACAGAGCCAGAAUGUCACAGAAGAAAAGCUAUGGAUUGCUUAUUCCAAAGAAGGGAUUUCGAAAAGCGAAUUUUACAAAACCUUCAGUGUUUGCUGAUGAUUCUAGUGAUGAUGAAAACAAGCCUAUGAAGGCUGUGAAUAAAGAUAUAAACAAUGAGAGUUCCAAAAAGAUUGCCGUCAAACAGACUAAAAUUGAGAUGCAAAAAGCAUUGCAAGAGGAUCCGUCUGUUUAUGAGUAUGACGAAAUUUAUGAUCAGAUGGAAGAAAAGAAGAAACAGACGAACGUAAAACUUUUGUCGACAGAGAAAAAAUCAAAGUAUAUCUCAAAGUUGAUGAAAACUGCAGAGCAUAGAAAAAUGGAAGAUGAAAGAAGGAAAGAGAGAAAAGUGCAGAAAGAACGUGAUGCUGAAGGAGAUGAAUUUGAAGAAAAAGAAGAAUUUGUGACUUCAGCUUAUCGCCAAAAAAUGGAAGAAAGAGCUGCGGUAGAAGAAAAACUACGAAAACAAGAUGAACAAGAUCAAGCCAACGAUGUUACGAAACAGAAAGAUCUUGGAAUGUUUUAUCGCAAUCUCAUGACGAAAAAUGUGGCGAUGGGGGGCGAAAAAGAUGACUCUUUAAAGAAAAGCGCAAGCAACGAAACAAAAGAGAAGAAAGGGAGUAGUGAAGAAGAAACUAGUGAAGACGAGAAAAAGAAAGCAUCGAAAAACGACAGACGAUCUUUACAGAGUUCAAAUAAAAAACGAAAAUAUAGAAAGAAACAAAAGUCUGAUAGCGAGAGUGAGGCUAGCGUUACCCCAAAGAAAAAUGUUAACAAAAAACAAGCACCAAAAAGUGGUAGCAGUAGCGAAGACGACACGGACGAAGACAGACAAAAAGGGAAGAGUAAGAAGAAGAAAGAGACGGCCAGCAGGAAACGUAGUAAACUGAAUUCCGAAGAUGAGCGAGAAGUUGAGAAAGAAAUAAGAAGAUUAAAGAAGAAAGAAGUACUCUCAAAGAAAAUUUCGAAAUAUGAAAGCAGUUCUGAAGAUGACUCAGAGAUAAAGAAGAAGAAAAAACAGAAGCGAAGAAGUGAGAGUCACUCAUCAUCUUCGUCAGAUGACGAAGAUGAACGUUCGAAACCCACUCGUAAGUCUACAGAAUACUCGAAAAAACAAACAGAUUAUAACAGCACUGAAGAUCUUCUCGAAAAAAGGAGGCGAAAGAAUUCGAUUAAAAUGCCUCUGUCGUCAGAUGAAGAGAAAGAAAAUAGAAAGACUAAAAGAAGAAGCUCGAUUGAAAAAGAAUUCGCAUCGAAAUCGAGCUCUAGACGAGGAAAAACACGACACGAACACGAUGAGAGUGAUGAUGAAACGCAUCGAGGUAAAAAUCUAAAAAAACGCUCGUAUUCUUCCUCUUCAGAAAACGAAUUAAAAACGUCACGAAAAGUUGUAACGAAGAAAAAGAAGCGUGCGUAUACGUCAUCGUCCUCCGAAGGAGAAGAAGAGGAAGAAAAACAUAAACAAACAAAAAAAGAUGAGCAGAAAACAAAAACUGAAAAGAAGAUGAAGAAGAAUAAGAGUGUUUACACUAAACGUAAUACAAGCGAAACUAUCCUUCAAGCAAGAGAACGUUAUUUAUUAAGAAAGGAAAAUCUUACGGCACCGAGUCAGAACACAAACUAUGCCCAAUCUGAUUAAUUUGAUCAUGCCGCUGAUACUUUUAAGUACUUUUCGAAUACCAAGAUUAUCCUCGAGGUUGUUUUUUAUCCGUUUUUAAUAAAAAUAAAACUUGUAGUGAGU